AUGCGCCAAUUUAUAUGGGCCGCUUGUUUACGUCGUACAGUGGUGUUAUUUACUACACUCAUGACAAUAUUAAUUCCAAAAUAUAGUGAGGCGGGACCUCGAUAUAGUUCGCGAAUUGUAGAUACCCAUGGUGGUGAUAUACGUGGUAUUAUUUUAGAAUUAAAUUCUCGGCAUUUAGAACCAGUUGAAGUGUUUCGUGGAAUACCAUACGCAGCGCCACCAGUCAAUGAGUUACGUUAUCGUUUACCACAACCAGUUGUUCGAUGGAGUGGUACAAAAUUAGCGGAUACAUUCGGACCGGUAUGUCCACAACGCUAUCCUGAUAUUUCAAAUCGUACUGCUGCAUUGCAAUUUAUGCCGAAAGGACGCUAUCAUUAUUUAAAGAAAUUAGUGCCACAUUUAGUGAAUCAAAGUGAAGAUUGUUUGUUCUUAAAUUUAUAUAUUCCUGGCAGUGAUCGAGUAUCAAUGAAAUACGUUUAA